GGGGGGGGGGCGGCGAGACACAUCAGCCGCGGAGGGAGAAGUGGAGGUAUCAGUGUUAGGCGGCGCAGCUCCAAGCAGAGGACACGCACACCGUGUGCACCAUCAGCCGCGCGCUUUGUGGAAUAACAAACAUUUGUGGGCAAGAAAAGCUGCAGGACACACCUGAUGGAUGAAAGAAUAGCACAUUUACAGGAAAGACACUUCAUGGAGCGCGCAGACUUUCUGGGGGUGGACUACCCCUCUCUGUACAUGUGCAAAUCCAAAAGGGGAAUAAAACGGGAGGAUGGUGGCAAGGACGCUUAUAAGUUACCACACCGUUUGAUAGAGAAAAAGAGGAGGGACCGAAUCAAUGAAUGUAUCGGUCAACUGAAGGAUCUGCUGCCGGAGCAUUUAAAGCUGUCGACGCUGGGCCAUUUGGAGAAGGCGGUUGUCCUGGAAUUAACCCUGAAACAUUUAAACGCAUUGACUGCAGUCACUGAGCAGCAGCACCAGAAGAUCAUUGCUUUGCAAAACGGGGACCGGUCAAUGAAGUCGUCCAUUCACACCGAUGCAGAAGCUUUCCACUCUGGUUUUCAAACGUGCGCCAAGGAAGUCCUCCAGUACCUGAGUCAGUUUGAGAACUGGACAGCGCACGAACAGAGCGGUGCCCAGCUGGUCCAGCACCUCCACAAGGCCCUGGCCAGGGUUCAAUCCAGCACGCUCUUCCCCCCGCAGCAGCAGCAGCUCCCCGUCGGCGUCACACCGGAUGGGCACAAAGCCGACAACCAGGCCAACUGCGUCCCGGUCAUCCAGAGGACCCAAGGCGGGGAUCUGACCGAGAACGACACGGACACGGACAGUGGCUACGGGGGCGAGGGGGGCAAGGACAAAGAGUGUGAGCACAGCAACACCUUGCAGGCAGCCAAAGGUGUGAAAAUCAAGCAGGAGUUUGGAGACGAUCGCCCGGCCAAGAAACCAAAGAUGAACUGGUCCGCAAAUGGCUCGGGGGCUGCUGAUAUGGCGUUGAUGAACUCGCUGAUGGGAUUAACCGGAGUGGGACAGCAGACACCAAUUUGCAUGCCUUUCUACUUCAUCAACCCAUCAGCCGCUUCCUCGUACAUGCCUCUUUUUGAUAAAAGCAACAUGGAAAAGGGCAUGUACCCAGCGGCGGCCCUGGCCUCCCCCUUCCCGUGGCUGUACCCUGCACAAGCGUCCGCAGCUGCGGCCGUAGCGGCCGCUGCGGCCUUCCCGAGCUUGUCGGCGCAAUUAGGCGCUUCAUCUCCGUGCGAGGACCCCCAAAUCGACGGCAACACCCACGAGCCCGAGAUGAGCUCACCCGAGGACGAAUGUCCCACGAGUGACGAAGGUGACGACGAUGAAGAGAGUGGGAUUCAGCGGCCGCGUGACCAGUUGCCAGUCUGUCAAACCAGCUAACUUGUCUGGAUCGGAUCACCUUCAUCUUGGAGGCCAUACACUCUCAUAUCAGAUGCAUUUGUUGUGUGAAUGCUGAGAGUCAAGCACCCCUAACUUAAUAGAUAAUAAUAUUAUAUUUAUUAUUCUUACAGUUUGCAUGCUCUUCUGAGAUCUCGGUCUUCUCACGAAUUGCAAAAACACGCACAAAAAACCCAGACUAAGCACAAGUUGCACAGUCGCACAGU